GCUGCCCGCGCCCCGCCCGCGCCCCCGCGGGGCGCUCCCGCGAUGCCUGCCCCGAAGCCCGCGCGGGCCCGCGGGCGCGCCCGGGCCCGCGGGCUGGUCCUCGGGGCGCUGGCCGCCGCCGCCGCCGCCUGCGCCUGCGCGCCGCUGGUGGCCGCCGGCCAAGCGGGCGCCCCGGGGGCAUGUGGCGCGUUGUGCUGGGCCGGGGCCGCGGAGGCGGGGCCCGUGGUAGCCGCGGCGGCCGCCGCGCUCGCGGUGUCGCUGCUGCUGUGCGGCUGCUGCGCGGUGCCGAUGCUGUCCUCGCUGCUGCGCUACUGGGGCGUCGUCUUCUACUUCUGGCGAGGCGGGCGCUACGCCGACCUGCCCGAGGGGUACGGCCUGGACGCCCUCGGGCGUGCGCACCUCUACAGCCUUGCGUCGGUGCCGUGGCUGAUGGUGCAGCCGCACUACAGAGCGGGCACGUUCCAGCAGGACAUGCUGACGAACUUGCGCAACGUCGCGGUGCCCACGGGGGUGUAUGGCAUCCCGCUGUCUCUCUGGGCGCGGUCCCGCGCCUCGGCCGUUGUGGCCAUCCUCUUCAUGAUCCCCACGGUGGCGUUCUGGGGCUCGUGGUGGCGCAGGCUGCGCGGGAUGGAGGCGUCGGCAGCGGAGUGUUUCCGUCGCUCGCUGCUGGCGCCCACCGAUUGGAUCCAGCUGUGGCAGCUGAAUUGCCGGCUCGCGUCGAUGACGGCUCUCGCCACUCAGAGCAAGGAUUUCGAUCUAGAGGACAAGUGGAAGUUCAUAUCAAGUUGCCUUGAAAAGAAGAUCCCCGUCACGCCGGUCAUGGACAAGCCAGUCACUUUGAUCGCGAAGGACGUGAACGAGGAGGGUGGGAUGGGGAUCCACGUGCUUAAAAACGUGAUGCAUGGCGGCAGGUGGAUAUUGCAGAAGAAGCUGGACAAUUGCGAGGCCGUACAGAGGCUCCUGCCGGACAGCGCCCCCCUCUCCACGAUGCGCGUCGUGACCGGCUCCCGCGGCGCCCUCGCGGCGAUGGGUGCCAGCGCCAGCAGCGCGGCCAAGGCCAGGGCCCUCUGCUCCGUGUGGCGCGCCGGCCGCGCGGGCUCGGGCACGGACCACAACUGCGUGAUGUUCAACGUACCCGACGCCCUCACGAGCGAGGUCUUGGGCUCGGGGUCCUCUUCGAAGCACUGGUACUGCCUCGGCACCAAGGCCUGGGGUGCGCCGGUGAGCACCAUGGACGGCUCGAUCUCGGCGCACCCGGACACCGACACCGGGCGCACGCUGGCGGGGGAGCGGCUCCCCGGCGCCUCCGCGGCGGCGGCCCUCUGCGAGCGGGCCCACGACGCGCUGAUGCCGGGCGUGCCGCUGGCCGGGUGGGACGUGGCGUUCUGCCCGCCGGGCAGCGGCGGCGGAGGCGCUCGAGGCGCGGGCGAGGUUGAGUUGGUGCUCCUGGAAGCGAACCUCUCCUGCAACUUCUUCCGGGGCAAGAUCGAGUGGGGCGACUACGCGGCCCUCGCCGACGAGCACUUCGCCGCCAUCGACGCCUGGAGGCGGCGCCGGCGCGGCGUCGGAUGA